UAAGCGCAGCUGUCUCAGCCCCUGACUGUGUCGUUGAUUUAAGAGCCACUCAGAAAGCUUCUCUGUGUGAUUACUAGACGAUAAGCUGACUGCAGGAUAAACCCACUGCGCUGGACUCCUCUGAAUUACAGAGUUUCACACCAAGGUUCCUGCUCUCUUGGUUUCCAGUUCCUAUAAGUUAUUUUAUUAUUCAUCUGCAAAUAUGACGAUCAGAACAGCCCGUCCAGACCGGGUGGAACAUUUCCGGCCACAUAUGCACUGCCUGAAAAAGCUGGAGGCCCUGGUGGUGGAGAUGCAGGACCCAAAAACUGGAGUGAAGGGCUCAGAGCAGAAAUUAAACGUCACGACCAUCCCCCAUGUCAUCACUGGAAAGGACAUCGUUGCGUGGAUCACCAACAAGAUGAAGACCACAGCGGAAGAGGCUAAUGUCGUUGGCACCAUGCUGGUGGCCUACGGCUACAUUUACCCCCUGCAGAAUCACAAGAAGUUGGUCAUGUGCAACGACAGCAGCCUGUACCGCUUCCAGACCCCGUACUUCUGGCCUUCACAGAAAUGGGUGGCAGAUGAUUCCGACUACGCCAUUUACCUGGCAAAAAGAAACAUCCGGAAGAAAGGCUUGUUAGAGCCAUAUGAACAGGUUCAUUACAAUCACCUCCACAAAUGGCUGAACCACAAGUGGGACUUUAUCGUGAUGCAGGCCACUGAACAGUACAGGGCUGGAAGAGAGAGGAAGAAGCCAGAUCGUGUGGUGUUUGACUGCCAGGAGAGAGCGUACUGGAUACUGAACAGGCCCCCGCGUCGUACACAUAGUGCUCUGGACUGUGGUCCAGACCGUCUGAUUGAUCCUAACGCAAGUGAGAAAGAGAGUUUCGACCUGUACAGAAGAAUGAAUAUUUUCUAUCAACAAGCCAUCAUGAGGUCAAAGGUUAAAUCCAGUGUGUCACUUGGAGCACUUGUCAAAUACGUCACCACUUACAAAACCCACGACCCGUUCCUGGCUCCGUGUUUACCCAGCAACCCCUGGCAGACGGACAGCGACGCCUACUGGACUCUCAACAUGAGAAGUGUUGACCUGCCCACUAAGAUGAGGGUGGAGCGCUGGUCCUUCAGCCUGUUUGAGCUGCUGACCGACCUUCGGGGCCGAGACGACUUCAAGAUCUUCCUCAAGAAGGAGUUCAGUGGAGAGAACCUGGCUUUCUGGGAAGCAGCGGAGGAGCUGAAAUGGGGAACAGCCUCCUCCAUGAAGUCCAAAGCUGAGACCAUCUUCAAGACCUUCCUGGCUCCUAAUGCUCCUCGCUGGAUCAACAUUGAUGGCCGGACCAUGGGUCUCACGGUGAAAGGUCUUGAACAUCCUCAUCGCUACGUGCUGGACGCUGCUCAGACUCACGUCUUACUGCUGAUGAAAAAGGACACGUUCUUCCGUUACCUCAAGUCUCCAGUUUACAAAGACAUCCAGAAGAAGGCUCUGAACCCUGAGCCUCACAGCUUCAGUCCUGCACAGCUGGAACAAAACGCCCAGAAUCGAAGCCCUGGCAUCCAUCCCAUCAUCCUCUGGAAGCAGGAGGAGGAAGAAAAGGCGAAGGCAGCUGCAGCCUCUGCUCCUGUUGAUGUCAAGGCCAUGAUGAGCAAAAUUGACAGGAAGUAGACGAGAAGAUCAGCAGCUGCUGAGAAUCGUCCUAGACAUU